UGUGAGAAAACCUUUGACGUCAGUAAUAAUAUCACCGCAGUUCCGGUUUUGAGGUUUUCCUCGUAUUGUGGAAAUUUUUUACAUUCACCUGUUGUGAACACUUACAUUUGCUCCGUUCGAUUGUUUAAUUCUUGCUCUCUCUCACGUGAAUAAAAUAUUAACAGAGAAACAAACAAACAAAUAAAUAAAUCAUUUUCCAACAUAAUUAAUUCAAUUAAUUAAUUAUAGCAAAUCGUUCUAAUGUCAACACAGACAAUAUCAACGUAUAUGUUAAUAUUUAUCACAGAUGGUCUUUGUUGCUCGUUUAUAAAUAAAUAUUUAAUAUUAUAAUGCCUUUGGCAAAUUUGACAGUACCUUGGAAUCAGCAACAUGUUUCUGAACAGCAGACACCAGAUGUAGACCCGACAGACCAUCACCAGGACAAUCCACUACCAAUACCAGCAAUGGCACAAACCAGCAUGGAUGUUGAUAACAAUCACUCAUCAUCGUCAAACGCAAUGGAUGUCAGUGUGAAUUUAAAUGUCAAUGGAUGUGUUGACUCUCAUGAAAUAGAAGUUUGCGAAGUCGUACGUGAUGGCCAUGAAAAAGCAGACCCGAGUCACUUCGACCUGCUGAAAGUUCUUGGCCAGGGCUCUUUUGGCAAAGUUUUCUUGGUGAGAAAAGUUGUCGGCAAAGACAAAGGCACUUUGUAUGCAAUGAAAGUGUUGAGAAAAGCUACACUUAAAGUGAGAGAUAGAGUCAGAACUAAAACAGAAAGAAAUAUUCUUGUUGAUGUUGAACAUCCGUUUAUCGUACGUCUGCAUUAUGCUUUUCAAACAGAGGGUAAAUUAUAUUUAAUUCUCGAUUUUUUGAGAGGCGGUGAUCUUUUUUCACGUUUAUCCAAAGAGGUGAUGUUUACUGAAGAAGACGUUAAAUUUUAUUUAGCCGAGUUAGCAUUAGCAUUAGAUCAUAUCCAUAAACUUGGAAUAAUUUACAGAGACUUGAAACCUGAAAAUAUAUUAUUAGAUGCAGAUGGACACAUGUCCUUAACUGACUUCGGAUUAAGUAAACAGCCAUUAGAUGACAGUAAAGCGUAUUCAUUUUGUGGAACUGUCGAGUAUAUGGCACCGGAAGUUGUUAAUCGUCAGGGUCAUUCAUUUGCUGCUGACUGGUGGAGUUUUGGUGUUUUGAUGUUUGAAAUGCUAACUGGAGCACUGCCAUUCCAAGGAGCCAAUCGCAAAGAAACAAUGACACAAAUUUUGAAAGCUAAACUUGGAAUGCCCUAUAACAUAUCUCCAGAAGCCCAAGCGCUUCUACGAGUUCUUUUUAAAAGAAAUCCAGCAAAUCGUAUUGGGAGCAACGGAGUUGAAGAAAUUAAAAAUCACGUGUUCUUUGCGUCAAUUGACUGGGAUGCGUUGUACAGAAAAGAAGUUGUCCCGCCAUUUAAACCAGCAGUAAGCCGUGAAGAUGACGCAUUUUGUUUCGACAGUGAGUUCACAUGUAAAACACCCCGGGACUCGCCAGGUCUGCCACCCAGUGCCAACGCCCACGAAUUAUUCCGCGGGUUCAGUUUCGUAGCUCCAGGUCUGCUUGAAGAAAUUCCAAAGAGCCCGGAGAUAAUGAGCUGCGAGAAUAUCAGCAGCGCUUUUCCUACUUACGUUAAUCGGGCGCCUAUUCGCGACGAGUAUGAGAUAAAAGAAGAAAUAGGUAACGGAAGUUACAGUACCGUUUACCGCGCAGUUCAUAAAAUAACUAAAAUCGAGUACGCGGUUAAAGUUAUUGAGAAAAUAAAACGCGACCCGACCGAGGAAAUUGAGAUUUUACUUCGCUACGGUCGGCAUCCUCACAUCGUAACACUGCGCGCUGUCCACGAGGAUGAAAGACGUGUUUAUCUAGUCCUGGAAUUACUGAGAGGUGGUGAGUUGCUUGACCGUUUGAUACAACGACGUAAUUUCUCAGAGCGCGAAGCCGCGGAAGUCAUCUACACCAUCACCAGUGUUGUUAAUUAUUUGCACGAAAACGGAGUAGUUCACCGGGAUUUGAAGCCAUCAAAUAUUUUAUACGCGAAACCAGGAGGUGAUCCGAGCACCCUGUGCAUAUGUGACCUUGGAUUCGCGAAGCAGCUGAGAGCCGAGAAUGGUUUACUGAUGACUCCUUGUUACACUGCUAAUUUCGUAGCUCCUGAAGUCCUUAAACGUCAGGGUUACGAUGCGGCUUGCGAUAUAUGGUCUCUUGGGGUCUUAUUAUACAUAAUGUUGGCUGGACGCACUCCGUUUCCUAAUAGUCCGGGUGACAGUGCCAGUGACAUUCUAAAUCGCAUUGGACCGGGCUACGUUGAUGUUGACAGCGGCAUCUGGUCUCAUAUUUCUAAUGAAGCUAAGGAGCUUGUCCUGAGGAUGCUGCAUAUUGAUCCGCACAGGAGACCAACUGCUGCGGGUAUCUUGAAAUACUCAUGGAUUGCUAAUCGCCAUCGUCUUCCGCAAAAAUUUUUGCCCGAAACUGUUGCUGAUCCACUGAGUCUUAAGACUGCAGUAGCAGCAACAUAUAAAGCCAUGUCAAAUAAUCCAAGAUCACCACACAUUGGUCCAGUUGUGAUGUCCGAAUUAGCGCGACGCAGAACACAAGCUAAACCAGGUGGUCCUACAAAACUAUAAUAAUAAUUCUCUAAAUUAAUUCAUAUCACAAAAAUUUAUUUAUUUAAAAGUAUCAAAUUCAAAUUUAAAAAAAAAACUCAAAAUCUACAUACCAUAAAGAUAGAACUCUGAGCUUCAGUCCUAAGUUCAAAUUUCUUUACGCACACUAGUAUCAAUUUUCAAAAUUGAUGUGAUACAUUUAUAAAUUCUUUUUUUUUAUUGUUAUAUUUUUUGUUUACAUUCGUGCAAGUUGACUAAUCGAUAACCAACAGUGCAUUAUCUCCAGUUUAAAAUUAGGAUUUCCCAGCCCUCGGCCCUCGACCUCACGUAGUUUAUUAUGAAAAUAUUAAAUUUAAAAAGAAAAUUACAAUUGUCAUGACGGAGUGUUUGUAAAUAUUUUACGUUUAAAGUUACUGAUAAUUAAAGAAAUGGCCAUAGAAUAUUCUAAAAGAUAGAUAGUAAUUUCAUACUUAUUUAAAUGUACAAUUAAUUUUUUUUCUCGUAGCAUUUUAUCGUAUCCUUUGAGACAUUCCUAUAUAUUUUUUUUUUUAAGGACUUAGGUAUUAUUUAAAGCAGGAUAUUGUAGAUAUAUAUGUACACAGUGAUCUCACGUAUGAAAAAAUUAUUUUUAAUACAGAAUUUAAAGUUAAUCCAUA